AUGCUAAAUCUUGGAACGUUGAUCACUUUUAAUCAAUCUGAAUUAGAUACAAUAAAAAGUCUUUCACCACUAAGUUUCCCUGUCUUUCAUAAAUGGCGUAUUGAAAAUGAUGUAGGACAAUUGGAAGUAUUAUUCAAAGCAUAUCAUUACCUCAACAAGUGUUAUAAUAUUUUAGUUAAUGAAUCAGAUUACGAUAUAACGAAGUUAUUCAACUUAGAAAUGAAAUUGGCUCAUCUGUGUUUAGUUGGUGGUGAUGAAGUAAGAUCAUUAUCAAUUUAUCAAAGUUUAUUAAAAAAAAAUGAAGAUUUAUUUUCAAAAUCAUUUGGAGCUUAUUUUGGUUUAGGAGUAACCUAUUUUCAAUUGAAACAAUUUACACUUGCCAGUGAAGCGUUUCUUAAACAUUUAUUUAUUUUUGAAGACGAAAGUGCAUCAGUUAACGCACAUUGUUACCUUGGUCUUAUUUAUCAAUUACAAUUUGAUUUCAAUAGAGCAGUAAAACAUUUUACAAUAGUUCAAAAUUUUUCCAAAGAAGGUUACGUUUUAUCCAAAGAAGAAAUACGUUUCAGUAUUGCUCAUUGUUACGAGUGUGCUGGAGAUUUAGAGAGAGCAAGACGAGAAUAUAAAAAUAUUCUGGACGAGUUACCUGGUAAUAUUCCAGCUACUGUUCAAGCUGCAAUCUACAGACAACUUGGAUGGUUAAAUUUUAAAGCUGGUAAUACAAAGGAAGCUAGUGAAUUAUUAGAAAAAAGCCAAACAAUAAAUCCUAAUUGUGGUAGAACUGCCUAUUUUUUAGGACGUCUUAAUAGUGAAGUUAAAGAUAAAGCCCAUUUUGCUUUCAAACAAUAUAGACAAUCAUUUGAUAAGGGUGAAAGUGAAUCUGAUACUUGGUGUUCAAUUGGUGUAUUGUAUCGUCAACAGGAACAAACUGUUGAUGCAUUACAAGCAUUUACCUCUUCAUUACGUCUAAAUCCUAAACAUAGUAUUACUUGGUAUAAUUUAGGUGAUCUCUAUGAAAAACAUUUAAAUUUUCAUGACGCUUUAGAGUGUUAUAAAACAGCCGUUGGAUUAGAUUUUAAAGAAAAAGAAAAAGUUAAAAAACGUAUUGCUGUUCUUGAAAGAGAAUUACAAUUUGUUUCACCGGAACAGUUAGCACAAAAUAGUGCUCAACUAAUAAAACCACCACCAUUAAAAGAAGCUAUGCAAUUAACUUUACCUACUGAAAUUAAGCAUACAAUUCAAAAAGCCAUAGAUAAAAGAAUAACUACUCAUUUUGAAGGUGGAAUAUUGUGGGCAUCUCCAGAAGUUUUACUAUAUACAAUGAAACGCGCUGGUCAUAAUAUUCAAAUACAUAAUGAUAUUAGAAUUAAUGAGAAUUUAAAACAUAUUCUAAGUUAUAACAAAGAUCUCCUUGAAACUAGUGAGUUACAAGCUUUAAGAGUUAUUGAAGAAGCAUUUCCAAAAUAUAGAAAAAAUAAUAUAUUUAAUUAUGGUCUUUCACAAAUAAAAUGUAGUGAAAUAGGAAAUGAUUUUAAGGGAGUUAAAGAUGAAUAUAUUGAUGAGACAAGUAAUAGUAACAUUUCAAAUGGUAUAGAUAUUAAAGAAGAUACAAAUAUUAAAAUGGAAGCACUAGAGUAUAUACUACAAAAAGAUCAGGAUUGUGAUGUUUCAUCAACACAGGAUGAAUUUCCAUCAUAUUUUUCUUUACUUUCUGAUGUUUCAAUACCUUUAUCUUCUACAUCAAGUGAGAUAAUGAAAGCUGCUAGUUUAAGAACAACAAAUCUUUCUGAAUAUGUACCAAUAUAUAAAGAAAAUGAAAUGGUACAAUUAUUUGAUAUUCCUAAUGAAGAAUUAUCUGGUAAUCAAUUAACACCACAAACACCAUUACUUCAAGUUGAAACAAUAAGAGAAGCACAUUCUAUAGAAUUACAAAAUUUUUGUUAUAAUGCUUCUCCUAUAACUUGUAUAAGAGGCCUUACCUCAACUCUCAAAAUAGAUCUCGGAUUAUUUUCUACAAAAACAUUAUUAGAAACAGUCCCUAAUCAUGAUGUGGAAGUACGUACACAAUAUAAAUUUCCUUUUGAUGUUAAUACCAAUCAUGCUGGUGAAAAAUCAUGGGAAUAUUAUUCUAAAAGAAGUUUUACAAAUGUAAUUUCUUAUGCUAAAUAUCAAGCUGAGUCAUUCAAAAAGUCAAUGAAGGAAGAAACAGAAAAAUUAAAAAAUAUUCCAUCUGGUAAAUAUAAUAAUCAAAGUAAUAAUGAUGGUGAACAUAGUGUACCACAAACUAAAAGAAAAAAAAUGUCAAUGUCAAAAGAACCACAUCAAGAAGUAAAACCAUCAAAUAUUCCUAUGAAAACAAUUAAAUUUGGAACUAAUGUUGAUCUAUCAGAUCCUAAAGUAUUUACUAGUCAACUUAAAGAACUUACAAAAUUACCUGCAUUUUGUAGAUUAGAAGCUUCUUGUAAUGCACUUACACAUAUUGAUCAUUGUAUUUUUGGUAUGAAUACUGUUCAAUUAUAUAUGAAAGUUCCUGGAGCAAGGACACCAGCACAUCAAGAAAAUAAUAAUUUUGCUAGUAUUAAUAUAAAUACUGGACCAGGUGAAUGUGUAUGGUAUGGUGUUGCAUAUGAAUAUUUUCCAAAAGUUGAAAGAAUGUGUAGAAAAAGAGGUGUUGAUUUUUUAAAAGGAAGUUGGUGGCCUGCUAUAGAUGAACUUCUUGAGGCAAAAGUUCCUGUUUAUAAAUUUGUUCAAAAAGCUGGUGACCUUGUAUUUGUAAAUUGUGGUUGUAUUCAUUGGGUGGAAUCUACUGGAUGGUGUAAUAAUAUUGCAUGGAAUGUUGGACCAAUGACAAGCUUUCAAAUGAAAACAGCCUUUUUUUCUCAUGAAUGGAAUCGUUUAAAUGGUUUUAAAAGUUUAGUACCAUUACAACAUAUGUGUUGGCAGUUUGCUAGAAAUGUACGAUUUACAAAUAGUAAACUUUAUAGAAUGAUAAGAACAGUUUUAAUAAAAAGUUUAGCAUAUCAAAAAAUGCUGCUUGAUUAUCUUGGAACAAUUAGUAAAAUACCAAAAAGUCAACCUCGUGAUAAAAAUGAAAUAACACAUUAUUGUAGUUUAUGUGAAAUUGAAGUUUUCAAUAUAUUAUUUGUUAAAGAAAAUCAAGGUGGUGUGUAUAAUGUUUUUUGUGCAAAUUGUUCAAGAAAAUCAAGUCAACAAUUUGAUGAUUUUAUUGUUCUUCAACAAACAACCUUAGAAUCACUAUGUGAAAUUUUUGAUCUUUUUCAAUUAUAUCCUACAAAACAUCCUUUAAUAUGUUAA